GGGAUUGGAAAUAGGUGUGGGUGAUCUUCAUGACGGCGAGCGGCGUCCAGUUUGUGUGACAGAGAGAGAAAAAAACAACGGCAAUAGUAGCAGCAACUACCCGCGUUCAAACAAACCCCACUCGUUUGAUGUCUUAUGGCGGCCCAACAUCUCUCCGUCUCGGACCUCGUCUUCUCGGAGCAGGCGAACCACAACUUCUCGCGUAUCCUGGGCGACCUCAAGCGCUCCAACCUCGGCGUCGGGAACCGCCUGCGCUCCGUCGUCGACGAUGCCCGCUUCGUCGCGGGGGCGGCCGCCGUCCAGGGCCGACCCUUGGUCGCCAACGAGCGCUGCGGCAGCUGGUACGUCGAGCCGCGCCUCAAGGCCGCCUCGGCCUACUUCAAGAGCACCGACGGCCACGCCGGCCAGUGGAGCUUCAGCACCCGCCGCCUGAACCUGCACCUGCUGCCCUUGAUCGGCCGCUGUGAUGGAUGCAUCAUUGUGGACUCUACCCGGAGAGGAAAACGCAUCCCGGACGCGCUCAGCAAGACGGUCCCCAUAUGGUGCUGCGUCCUGAACCGAGCCCUCUUCCCGGACCUCCCGGAGAGCCAGCGCGGCCUCUUCGUGCCGCCCAACGCCGUCUCCGACUCGGAGCGGAGCCAGAUGCUGGCCCGGGUGCCCGACUUCGUCGCGUCGCUCGAGCGCCUCGGCCUCGACCUAACGGCCCUCGCCGCGCAGCUCAAGAAGCCCCUGCGGCCCAUGUGGAUCAACCGACCCGAGGACGACGGCCACCCUCUGGCCCCGCUCUCGGCGGCAUCCGUGAUCCCCGCCGACGUAGGCAGCAGCACUAGCGACGACGGCGACGGCGACGGCGACGGCCACCCGCCGCCGCCGGUCGUCGAGGUCUUCGAGGCCUUCCACCCGGUCAUCUGCUGCACCAGCUCGCGCCGCGUCGCCGGCGCCGAGAUGAGCGAGUCGGGCUACAUCCAGGGCGCCGGCGACGACACGGAGAACUGGGCCCACGGCCUGACCCCGCCCGUCUUCUGGGCCAACGCCGCCCGCCUGCUCGCCGCGCCAGAGGCCGGGCUGCCGAGCCUGAUCCGCGAGCUCGUGGCCGAGGCGCCGCCCGUGGAUGCCGCCGCCGCCGCCGCCGCAGCAGCCGUCAGGCACCUGACCCCCUUCUUGUCGGUCUCUGCUCUUCCUGUGCCUGCCGACCACGACGCCGCCGCCGCCGCCGCCGCCCUCCCCGAACCGAGGACGACGACCACGACCACGACCACGACGACACACCUCACCAUCUCGCUCCUCCCAUGCGUCACCAAGGCCGAGACGUGGGCCAAGUCGCCGACGACCCUCGAGGUAGGCCUGGGCAAGGGUAAGAUCGCGAGCCGCAACCUGCGGCAGGCGCUACCGGACAUCUGCGCCUUUGUCCAGAAGGCGGCGGCGGCGGCGGCGGCGACACAAGAGGGCGGCAGCGCCGCCUCGGUCAGGGUGCUGGUGGCGUGCGAGUCCGGCCGCGACGUCUCGGUCGGCGUGGCCCUGGCCCUGGCCUGUCGCUCCUUUGACGACCGGGGGGACGUCCUGCCCGCCGCCGCCGCCGCCACCACCACCACCACCGCGCAGCAGGACGCCGCCUGCCGCCCCGGCCCGACCAAGGACUUUAUCAGGACGAAGCUCGGGCGCAUCGUCACCGCCAUGCCCGAGGCCAACCCCAGCCGCGCGACGUUGCAGAGCGUCAACAGCUUUCUGAUGGGCUGGAGGGAGUGAGCUCCGUUUUGAGCUGGGAAGGCUGUUUGCGUGCAAGGAAAAAAUCAGGGGUCGUCAUCUGUAUGAUUAGUUGGAAUCGUCAGAACUGAUCCGACGAUGCAUUGCCGCUUUAACUAUAUGGAAGUGCUAAAAAAGUGGCUGCAAAACCAAAACUCGACACAUCUGCAACCGAAUUCUUUCUCUUGACCACGUUUCUACCAAUGUCUGAUGCAUGGCAUCUUGGUGACGAUCUACCUCUAGGGGAUAACAGCCACCACGCUCCUGGUAUAACAAGAGAUAAAGGAUGGGAUGAACAAUCAAGAGAGUGGCUGAA